CCCGUGGCAACAACACAGGAAGUGGCGCGCAACAGUUUAAAACUGCCUCAAAACACACCAAUGGAAAUCGUUCAGUAGCUAUUUGCUAAGCUAUUCUUUUCUUCUGCAUUUCCAAACAUCGCAAAAAAGAUGUCAUCUGUAAGGUCUGGGCGACAACAACAGCAGCAGCCCAAAGGAAGAAGGAUCAUACGGCCUAAAAAGACAGCACCUCCAAAGAAAGAAUGGGUGAGCACAGUAAACGACCUGACCGUCCACAAGCUGACACCUGCAGAACUAAAUCACAGGCAUGAGAUGAUGAAGUCACACAACAAGGUUUCAGCUCAGUGGGACCUCAGGGAGAAGGCUUUAAAACGUCGCCUUAGACAUGGGAGCCCAUCACCGCUGGACCAGACUAGUCUCAGCAUCAUCAGAGAGGUCCUCUCAGAUCAGAUACUGCUGCAGGAUGUCCUAGCUCGUUCUGAUAGGGCCAUGUCUGUUGUCAAGGACAUUUUUGGAGAUGCCCCCCGCAGACAGACUGGUCAUCCUAGUGUAACCAUGGCUCCAAACUGCAGCUCUGACUCAGUGCUUCCAGUGUUUCAACAACCAGAUCCUCCCACUGAACUCUCACUGCUUAGUCAGUCUCUGAUGGACCCACAGGCUCUUAAUGAGAUUGGAUAUUCUGAUGAGGAUGUUUGUGAUCAAAACUACGAUGUCAUACGAAGAACUAAUAUCCACAAAAUAAAGUCAAGAACCACAAGAAAAGUGGUCAGGAAGCAGACUGCCAACAGUAAUUCAGUAACCCCCAAAACAGUCAGCAGGAGCCCAAGCCAACAAGCUCUUAAUGCCACUGUGGCUGUCCAGCGGAUCAGACACUCAUGUAGCCAGGGAAUGGAGAGCAAUGAUGGAGAAUUUAUUUCUCAAGUACUCAAUCCUGAGCAUCCUACAGACCAGUCAGGCAGCAAAAGUUCAGUGAGAAAAAUUAAGAAAUGUGCUGAUCGGAGCUCCGAGCUGGAUGGGUCUUCCUUCACUUCUCUCAGUGGAGACCAGCCGAGUCUGGGUCUGUUGCAGUGCAUGCUGGGACAAGUGGAGGCAGACUUGGAUGGUUUUAGUCCUGAUACAAUCCCUACAUCAGAUCAGUGCCUUCCCCCAAACAGGACUAAAGGGCUCACUGGGUUUUCUGUGGCUUUAGUUUCAACUUUAGGGCGAGUGGUGCACCUCUUUAAGCAGAACCAAGAGAAGUGUCAUAAUGCUGCAUUGGAAAGAAGACUGUUUGAGGAAGAAUUGAAGAAGCAACGAGGAUUGAUCGAUUCACUUACUGUAGAAAAUACUGCUUUGAGAGAGGAUAUUCUCGCUUUAAAGUCUCAUUUUCAGCAGAAGAUUUCCGAGAUAGAAGAGAAAGUAGACACUGUGGUGUUGGUGAUAGGUAGCACUGAGAUGCCUUGUGUGCCAACACAAGAACCUGUCAUACCAGCUGCAGAAUUGUCUAGAGCUCUAGUUGCUGAGCGAGAUGAUGUCCCACAAUCGACACCCGUGGUACUGCUCUCACCCCCUCGACAAACAGACCACUGGUCACAUGUAGCAGUGGACUCUCAUCCUAUUCACCCUCAGCUGUCGUGUUCUUCUGAAAGUAUCAAAACUCUUGGUUCAGACUUCACCAGCUUGCCCUCCAUAUCAGUCUCACUUUUGUCUCUGAGCUCCAAUCUGUCCGCAGAGGUCAUGAUGGAAAAGAUCGCUCAGCUCAGUCAACAGAACGAGCUGAUCAAAGCAGAGCUGAGUCAGACCCAAAAUCAGAGAGCAUCUCCGAGCAACAGUUACCUGGAGGAGAGACGCUUGAGCUGUGGAAGCAAAGGCUCACCUCACAGUGCAGCAGGCCGAAAGGGGCCUGAGUCCAGUACUGCAAAGUUCACACAGUCAAUUGAAAGUGAACAACAGGCAGAGACUAGUGUCCUCAAUAUGAGUAGUGUGGAACAGCGCCUCCUGGAGUUGAACAGACAAAGUGCGGCAGCCAGGACUCGAUUACUUGAGAUUAUUGACCAACAAAAACACAUAACAUCAGCCAAACUGUCCCCUUCUGUGUCCCCUCUCCUACACUCAGAUGUUGGUCCUGUUUCAGAUCAUAGAGCAAGUUCAGAAAUCUCUCUGCUGCAGGAGCCCAUACUGCAGAAAAAACAGGCUGCUUCUAAUGAACCAUCACCUUCUCAAAGUCUCAGAAGCAAAGUCAGUGACAAAGGAACAAAGUAUGAGAAGCAGAGCUCACCGGAGGGCUGGUUUUCCCUGUCAACACACCUCAGAUGACAAGAGGCAAAGUUUGAAUGUACAAACUGACACUGGGAUUUGUUUUAUCUGGAUAUAUCUUUUUACUCUGAAAUAAAUAUU